AUACGUCAUCACGUCUAAUACCAUACGUCAUCACGUCCACCACUCGUCACGUCCUUGUGUUUACCAAUCGCUUCGGGUUCGCCACUCGGGGCUGCUGCUGCGGGGAAACCGAGCGGAGGUCGAGACCCGGCGAGAAGCUGCAGAGAAGAUCCCUGAGCACGGGAAAUGCCGCGCAGAGCCAACGUGCGAUGGGAAGACAUCGCUGCCGCUGCCGCCGCCACUACUACCAUUGCUACUGCUGCAGCUGCUACUACUACCGGAGGAGUGGUCCCUUAUCCGACCGUGAAGGUUAUUGAGUGGUUGCUUGGAGCGUAACCCCUCGGAGGCAGACGUGGCUCUAGGUGAAAGAGGAGAGAGAGGAGGACGAGGAGGAAUUCCGGGCUCAGGAUGUCCAAGGCUCCUUUGCCUGAAGAAGGGUCUCUGCUCAUCAAGCGAGAAGCCGCGGGACAUCUGGGCUGUGAGAUGUCACGCGGAGUGGACGUCCGAUGGGAUGACGACGCCACUGCCGCUGCUGCUGACGACGAUGAGGAGGAGCCGGAGGAGGAGGUGGUGGAUCCUUCUCUGCCUGUGGGGGCGUUCAUUAAGCAAGAAUACGAAGAGGAGGAGGAGGCUUGGAGGAAGAUGUUGCCCAAGGUGAAAGUGGAGAGGGAAGAUGAUGAUGAAGAUGGCAGUGAUGGUGGUGGUGGUGAUGGCAUGCAGGCAGUGAGCGACAUUCGGAUAAAGGUCGAAGAAGAGGACGACGAUGAAGACGACAACGACAAAGACGACAAUGACGAAGCAAAACAUUCGCACUUUCGAGCGGGGCACCGACCGUCCCGUGGAAGUCAACCGUCGCACGUUGCGAAGGCCGAGCGGCGGGACCUCGGCGGUUCGGGCGGCGACUGCCAGGCCCCGGCGGUCAGCCACGGCGGUUCCCAGGAGAAGACCGGAGGGUCGAGGCCAUCGCGGAUAGACCGAGGAGGGGCUGCCGCCGGCGCCGGCUCGUCAGACGUGGCCGAGAUUGAGGUGGAAGUGGAGGACGACGACCACGAAGCAAUGGCAGAGUGUGGACUUGCAAGACGCCGGAAUGAAAAUUCCCGGAAGGGGUUUUUCAACUACUACGACCACCAGACCAGGAUGCAGCUCCACUCUGCACAGACCACAAGCACCAGCACCACCAGCAGCAGCAGCGAGAGCCAGCGGCAGUGGGAACUUUUCACGUGCAAUCCGGAGCGCGAAGGUGACACGGAGACGCGCCGGGCAUUGGACGGGUCGCGUCGGAGCCCAGCAGGCGCGGGAGGGAUGCCCGCACAAGCACUGUCGCCCACGCAAGCGACGUCGCCCGCGCGCGUCUGCCCCGAGUGCGGGAAGGAGUUCGCCACCGCCAAGGGCUUGGGGCGCCACCGGAAGAUCCACGCGAGGGAGAAGCCGCACCGGUGCGCCGUGUGUGCUCGGGGCUUCGUGCGCCCAUCGGCCCUCAAGAGCCACGCUUGGGUGCACGCGGAGGAGCGGCCCCACCGUUGCACCGAGUGCGGGAAGGGCUUCGCGCGGGCCGCGUCCCUGAAGCAGCACGCCCAGACGCACACGGGCGAGAGGCCGUACCGGUGCACCGUGUGCGGCCGAGGUUUCAGAGUCUCCAAGGUCCUCAAGGAUCACAUGAUGACGCACACCGGCGAGAGGCCGCACGAGUGCUCGGCGUGCGGGAAGAGCUUCAUCCAGUUGUCGGCCCUUCGGAACCACGCGAGGAUGCACACCGGCGAGAGACCAUAUGCGUGCUCCGUGUGCGACAAGGCCUUCACGCUCCUGAGAGUGCUCAGGGACCACGCGAAGACCCACACGGGCGAGAGGCCGCACGUGUGCCCUGUCUGUGGCAAGGGCUUCAUCUUCUCCAAGGACUUCAGGAACCACGCGAUGACCCACACGGGCGAGAGGCCGCACGCGUGCCACGUCUGCGGCAAGGCCUUCGCGGACCCGUCGGGCCUCGCGCUCCACGCGAGGAUCCACACGGGCGAGAGGCCGCACGAGUGCCACGUCUGCGGCAAGGCCUUCAGACGCUCGUCGGCCCUGGGGAGGCACGCGAGGACGCACACGGGAGAGAGGCCCCACGUGUGCCCCGUGUGCGACAGGGCCUUUGCCCUGCCCAAGUUCCUCAAGGACCACGUGAUGACGCACACGGGCGAGCGCCCCUACGCGUGCUCCUUCUGCGGCAAGGGCUUCAUCAAGCAGGUGAACCUGGUGUGCCACGUGAGGUCUCACACCGGCGAGAGGCCGCACGCGUGCGCCGUGUGCGGCAAGGGCUUCGCGUACGCGUCGGUGCUCAAGAGCCACGCUGUGACCCACACGGGCGAGAGGCCGCACGCGUGCGCCGUGUGUGGCAAGGGGUUCGCCUACCGAUCCGUCCUGAAGCGUCAUGCAGAGACCCACGCGAAGGAGGCGGCAAAAUGAAGACCCCCGACAGGCAUCGUGAAGGAAGCGUGUUUUGUUGCGCUCGCUCGCUUUCGAACUAGACUCUGCGAAGAUCGCGCGGUGCAAACGAAAUACGUUUUGAUGACAAAAUAAUAAUAAUAAUACCUAUUCUAGGUUCUUUCGGUAAAGUCACGUAGAAGGGAAACAAUAAGAUAAAAAUAUAAAACAAUAAAAUUCUCACGACGUUUCGACUGCAACACAA